UGUAGAAGGUGGCGGCAAUGCACCUAAAGCUGUUUGCCAACCGGCAUUGCACAACAGAAGAAGAAGGCCGGAUGUAGUGUCAUGUGAGGAUGUCUACAUUAGUGGCCUAUGAAGAUUCAGAGUCAGACGAUGAAUCUCUGUCUCAAGCAGAGGAGGGAGCUUCUGUACAAACUGGAUCUUGUAAACAAAACCCAGAAGCUGUGGUGUGUAAUAACUUUGAGGUAGCACCCAACCCUCAGAGUUUUACUCCUGACUGGACAUUGUUGGAAUAUCAUGGAAAAGCCUCAGAAGUAUGCAGAUCUUCACUACACCUGCAAUCACAGCCACAGAGCUAUCUUGAUUGGGAAACACAAUAUUGUAAUAGCACAACAGCACAAGAUAAGCAUUUUAGAGACACUGCAGCUGCUCCUAGCUUACCUGUUACUCAGGGGAAGAUCCCACUAAUGCAUACUCUUCCUCACAUGCCACAAAGCUUCAAUGAUGGGUUGAAUCCAGCAAAAAGACCCCACACUGUCUCGUCUGGGGUCAGACCGUACAUUCCCAAAAGACAGAGACUUGCCAGAGUAGAGACAGUGGAGCCAAAGUAUCCAGCAGAGCAGACCUCAGAGAACCAGACCAGAGGAAGCCAGAUUUUCUCCGAUGUAUCGCAGAGAGUGAAACCAUAUCUUGCUAACAAGCCUGGUGCAGCAGGGAUACCGAGGAGGCUUCUGAUCAGCCUGGGGGGCCACCAGGGCCCAGUUAACACAGUGCAGUGGUGUCCAGUGCCCCAUCUCAGCCAUCUGCUGCUGUCUGCCUCCAUGGACAAGACUUUCAAGGUGUGGGAUGGAGCGGAGAGCGGGCAAUGCCUCAGGGUUUACACCUGCCAUUCGGGAGCUGUGCGUGAUGCCUGUUGGACCCCCUGCGGGCGACACCUUCUCACUGGCUCAUUUGACAACACGGCUGUGAUCACAGAUGUAGAGACAGGGCAGCGGAUAGUGAAACUGGACAAUCAGUUCAAGGUGAUGUGUGCAGCCCUGCAUCCCAGCAACCCAGAGGUGUUUCUGUGUGGAGGUUACAGUUCAGUGGUCAAAGCCUGGGACUCUCGCAGCUGCAAGAUGGUGAAAGUGUACAAAGCAGGGAUCCAGCAGACCUUGGAUAUCCUGUUUCUGAGAGGUGCUGUGGACUUUAUAACAAGCUCUGACUGUGUAAGCAGAGACUCUGCUGACCGCACCCUGAUUGCCUGGGACUACCAGACCACUGCCAAGGUCUCCAACCAGAUAUACCAUGAGCGGUACACAUGCCCCAGCAUGGCUCUCCACCCACUGGAGGAGUCCUUUGUUGCCCAGACUAAUGGGAACUACAUGGCAGUGUUCUCCUCCCAGCAGCCCUACAGAAUGAACAAGAGGCGCCGGUACGAAGGACACAAGGUGGAGGGAUAUGCGGUGCAGUGCGAGUUUUCUCUGGAUGGAACAAUCCUAGCCUCAGGGAGCUCCACCGGCUCUGCUCACUUCUACGACUACCACAACGUUCGGUUGCUGCACACUCUCCACGCCCACAAACAGCCCUGCCUCUGUGUAUCUCAGCAUCCUGUCCUCCCUGCAACAGCAGCUACCUGCGACUGGGCUGGUGAGAUCAAGGUCUGGCACUGAGUGAACAAGUAAAUCCGGAGAUGUAGAAGUUCCCCCUGCAGCCGUCCAUCUGGGUUGCAGUGAAGAGAUGCUCGCCAUCCGUGUCGUGUGUUCAGGACGACUUCUACAGAUGCUGAGCAUCAUGGACAGGCACAAGUUGGAGGUGGAAUCUUAUGGGAACGAGUCCAGCCAGGAAACCUCCUCAUGAUGGAUACCCUGACUGACCAGCAGGUGGUGCAGCC